AAGUAGGUGUUGGUGUUGGUGUAAUUGUUUAUUUUUAUUUGGGUGGGGGUUAGUCUGUUAGUCAUCAGCCAGUAAUUAUUAGAGUAUAAUAUUUAUUUGAUGAUGGACUGGCCAAUUUUCAGUAUUUUCCUCUAUGUCUCUGUCAUCCUGCCAGUAAAAUCUUUGGUUGUCCCAUGUAAUGAUUCUUUUACAUCAAAAUGUUUAUGUGGUGAUAUUGACUACAUGGGUAAAAGACAGUUUGUAGUGAAUUGUACCAACACAAAUUUUCAAAAUGCAUCAGUAUUACAGAAUCUACCUUCAAAAACACAAGUUCUGAUUUUCACUGGCAACAACAUCAACGAGCUUCCAAUGAAUGUGUUUGGUUCUAUGAACAGUUUCUUGGAUUUGAAAGUAGUGGACAUGUCAAACAACAACAUUCAAGACAUCCGCGGUAAAACAUACCACAGAGUGUCGAAUGUCGAGAGACUGAUCCUGAACCACAAUCAAAUAUCAAUCUCUUCAAAGGAACCGAGCCAUCACCAUCCACGCAUUUUUUCCAAUUUUGAGAACUUGGUUGAACUCCACUUGACGGAUGCAUUUGCGGACAACAAUCCGGAAGAUCUCGCCUCCGAUCUGCACGACAUUUUCAUCAACAGUGAGCUCACUUCUCUGCGCAAACUGCAUUUGGAGCAGAACGAGAUAUCUCAGUUCAAAGACCCAAAAGUCUUCUGUGAUCUACCAAACUUACAAGACCUUCAUCUGGGUCAAAACCACUUGACGGGUUUACACUUUGACAUUGACUGUCUCCCCCACCUGAGGUUCCUGGACCUGGAGUACAACAACAUCCGACAGCUGGCUCCGGACGAUCGCUCGGCUCUAGACAGCUACACCAAGACUCACACGGACCAUGGCCUAACCAUCGACCUCUCGGACAACUCCCUCACUGGGGGCUGUAGCAGCCUCUAUGCAUGGAUGCAGGCAACCAAGGUUGUUGUCCGCAACAAAAACAUUCUCCACUGUCAUGAGCUCCACCCAUCUGAUGGCUGUCCAGCAUUAUUGGCCUCCCAGGUGCCGGCCGCGCCAUCCUCUCACACCGGAACGGAGCUAUUUCUACUGGUCGCCCUGUGCGCAACCCUCGGGCUGCUGGCCUACACCAACUGGCAUCCGAUUGAGAAACAGAUGCGGCCUUUGGUGGACGCCCUCUCUCACAAAGUUCAUUACACCAACAUCGGCCGACAUGAGGAGCAGGAGAUGAACGUGUGAAGAGGAUUUUACCGUAGGUUAACUGUAGCCGUCCUGUACAACGGUUAGGUUAGAUUCCUACAACUCCUAACCAGUGUCGAAGUACCUAGUCUGUAAAUACCUAACGGAUAUAGAAGAGGUGGAUUUAUAGUUUUAAUGUGAUUGGAUGUUAAAAAAAGUUAAACGUAGACGUCCUCUGUUUUAUCAGAGUAAAUAAUAGUUUGUGGCACAUUCAUAGUAUGCACCAAAAUAUUUAGUAAGGUAAUGGACAUUUUGGCAUAAUUUAUUUUUUGUGAAGAUUUUGCAGCUGUGCCUUAGGCUAGGCGCACACGAGCGAUUAUUUUGAGGCGACUAUUUCAUCGGCCGAUCUGUGCAUAAUGUAUUUGAAUGGAAGCGCGCACACAGGCGAUCGAGAAUUGCGCCGAUUUUAAAAUCUGGGUUUUGCCACAGAUUCGUAGGCGAGGCGAUUGUCGCCCGAAAAUCUGUAACGUACAGGUUGUUAUCAGUCCGCGCACACGGUCGACUAAAAAAUCGGCCAGUCGCUUGUUGUUCUCCACAGGAGUCAGUGAACUUCAGUACUUCAGUGUGAGCUGUUUUGUUUUCUUUGCUAAAAAAAGGC